CUGUUUGCUGGUGGGAAAGAACGAUAAGAGAGUCCUUGCUGGGAUCGGAAAUGUUGGUUCGUCAGUCGUGGUACGACGGUCUGUCGAUGGAGCAGCAUUUGUGCGUUCUUCUUGCGUUCUGCGCCCUGGUAGUAGCGGGAUCGUGCGAUGGCUACAUCAGGAGGGACCAAGCCCCUCGUACAAGGCACAUUAUAUCGGAAUCCAGCAUCAGUGCUACGGGGCAAACAGAGAUAGAGUUGGAUCCAUUUGCUAAAAGAAUUAACAGUGUAAAUGAGAAGAAUCUGGCUGUAGAAAGUUUAAUUAAUGGUAAAAAUAAGUCAGCAACUUCUGAAAGUAGUCUGAAAAACUUAAAUCUAAGAGUACGAAGAACCACGAGUAACACGACAAAGAACGAGAAGUUAUUAUACCCGAAUACAGAGACGGGAGUCCAUGUCAGUAAUGUUACGGAAUCGGUUGUCAACACCAGUAAUAAACAAAACACUGACAGUAAGACGUCAGAAGCCAAUGAAACGGUAGACGAUAAUAUUACUGCUGAGGGAUACGCUGAUAAUAUAAAUUCGACGAUGGCAUGCAAUAUUUCAUUCAGUGUGAUUAUUACAAAAUGGCACAUGUUUGAUAACGGAAGUCUUCUAUCUUUGGAUGACAGUACUUUAUAUCCACCAGAAUAUUUUUGGAAAGAAUUUAACGAAAAUAAUAUUACUGAAGUCAGAGGCUGCUUAUGUCUAUUAACAAGCUGCGUUCGGAAGUGUUGUCCGGAAAAUCAGACGACGACCGAAGAUGGAAUGUGUGUUGACAGUAACUCGUCUCUGCUUUAUCCGUUUUCGCCACAGUUUGUGGAUGAAGAUGUUAACAGCACUGUCAAAGAUUUGGACAUAUAUACGUUGUAUGGGAACCCUUGUGAGUAUGGAAGUUUUCGUCUCGACCCAGUAAGAGAUGGAGGCGAUGAGUUCUUCCUUUUUCGGAGCGGUGUGCUUAGCGUUCCAGAUCUCGGCAACUUUACCGUAGCUGACUACUGCAUUGAAGCUUUUGAAGGCCCGAAUGAAAUUUUACCAUUGAUAUGUUUCCCUCCUGAAGAUACACCGGAAGAAGAUAGUGAUGCUGACAUCUACAUGAUGUAUCCUAUCGGGCUGAUAAUUUCCGUACCGUUUCUGUUCGCGACGUUCCUUGUGUACGCCGUGAUACCCGAACUCAGGAACCUACACGGUAAAAGCCUUAUGUGUCACGUGAGCAGUCUCUUCACCGCCUACGCGUUCCUUGUCGUCGUUCAGCUCGGAAGUAGCCAUCUCUCCACAGAAUUCUGCAUUUUCUGCGCGUUCGCCAUUUUCUUUGCAUUCCACGCCACAUUCUUCUGGUUAAACGUGAUGUGUUUCGAUAUCUGGUGGACGUUCAGUGGUUUGCGACCUUUGCGUGGGUCGGUGAAGGAGCGUGAAUACAAGAAAUUCGUCAUGUACUCGUUCUACGCCUGGGGUUCGCCUUUCGUCAUGCUGGUUGUGUGUGUGCUCAUGGACUUGGUGCCAGGUGUCCCCAGCUCGGUCAUCAAACCCGAAUUUGGCGUCGAAAAAUGUUGGUUCAGAACUGAAACUGCUGUCUUGGCAUACUUUUUUGGGCCCAUUGGAGUUCUAGUCUUAAUAAAUAUCAUCCUAUUUAUUACAACUUCUUUCAAGAUUAUCGGUUUGAAAAGAGAGACAAGAAUGCUUAAAGGACAUGACAGCAAGAGACACAUUGAUGAAGCAAAUAGACAGAGAUUCAACUUGUACCUUAAACUGUUCAUUGUGAUGGGCGUAAACUGGGGAAUGGAGGUCAUCUCGUGGGCUGUUGGUGGCCCAAAAUAUCUCUGGUAUAUCACAGAUCUUGGAAAUACUCUUCAAGGGCUACUAAUUUUCGUCAUAUUUGUAUGGACACAGAAGGUUCGUCGCCUCUUGGCAAGAAAACUGCGUCCGAAGUCGGCGAGCUCGCCAAGAACUCGGUUCGAGAGCAGCACAAAUUCUCAACAAACCCCGUCAUAUACAUCCUCGUUCAACUACACAAACAGGACCUCAUUAACCACUGAUGAAUCGUUUCACAUGAAACCAAUUCUAGCGUUUCGUGACAGCAAAGAGCCUUAAUUGGUCAAUUGUGCUACAGCACGCCUCUUAAAGCUACCAUGCCAUCUGAAACACAGGCUGAUGGGUAAAUGGAAGUGAGUGUCAGAGGUCAACGGUGGCCUGGAUAUCAUGAUUCUCAGGCUGUACAUUUAUUAGUACAAUAAAUGUAGUAGAUUGGAUCAGAAUCAUAUUUGUAUUUAUUAUACCAAAUUAUACGAUUUAAUUUAGAACACAUAAUAAAAUAAUCAGGUAAUUAAUUAUAUAAUUCUCGACGACAAAAAACUGUUUUCUGUGCCUCAUUAAGGAAACAUAUUAAGUUAUUGUUCAAGUAUUA